AUGUCGUUGCUCUCAACGACCAGUGUCACCUUUGGUCAAUUCUAUACAGGGGUUCUAGCCCUGCUCAUCCUAUGGGUGCUCCUCAGCGCGAGCAACUUGAACAUCUGGAAACUUCUUCUUGUUAGUGGUGCUGGUAUUGUUGGCCCACCCUUCCUCUACCUCUUCGCAGCGUCAGAGAAGGCAACAGAUAAGCCGACCUCCUCUCUGUCGUCUGCGAGCCUUGUCGCGAUUCCCGCCAGAAUUGCAACCUCAUCGCCCGUAUCUGAGAAGAGACAGGAGACCCAACGUGGCAGUAGUCAAAACAGCCAUCAACGACGCACCAGUCAGACUAGCAACAGCUCGCGUGAUGAACCCUCGCCGACUCUCAUCAGCUUUGACUCAAACACCUCAAGCGGUUCAAAGGGUCUUAAGAAAAUAUGGCGACGGUCAUCCACCGAUGGUGGAGGCAGCGCUUCAACACCUCCGCGCCCCUCCAUCGAUUCAGUCGCUGCCCUUCCGACAGCGCGACAUGAGAGCUAUGACGGCUCAACACAUUUCAGACCUACGUGUCGACACUGUCGCAUCUUGGCCAACAGUGUCAAACGUCCCGGUAACAAGCUGGCCAACUUUGCCAACAAUACCCGUCGUGUGAUGUGUCCGUUUCACCAGCAACAAUCGCAGGUGGAGAAUAUUGCUGAGUCGAAAUCAGGGCCUGGAGCUGAUGUCAUGCAGCGUUCCACCAGUCUCAUCAGCUCGCGCAGUAGCAGUUCCACCAGGUUGGAUGACACCAACGAACAGGUACAAACUACCCACGUUCCAUCCAUCGACCACUUGCUUGCACCACAAGCAACGGCGAAACCCAAAAACAACAUCUUCGGACGAAAAUCCAGUUGCUUGGAGAGAGUGCGACGCUUCAGUGCGCCGAGUGACCGUGAGCGGCCCAAGCUCUCCCCACAAUCAUCCAUGAAUUCAAGCGAAUCAAGCGUUAUUUCACAUCGCAAGUCUUUGCGUCUACCAAAGCUAUUUGGCGGUAGCAAGAGACAGAGCAGUCAGUCGUUGCAGGCGCCUAGUAUGGAAGCCGUUGCCAUGUCGUCCGUUGUGACAGGGGCAUGA